UUGCGCGAAGCGACGCCCUGACGCUUCACUCCUACUAUGCCAUCUCCGCUGCUGCUUCGGACGGAAUUGUGCCACGGGAGUUGUGUCCGAUAUUAGUAAUCGCCGAUGAAAUGGAGCAGUCAACCACGUACUGCUUUUGUGGUCGCACGUACGAUCCGCCACAGUUUAUGAUACAAUGCGAUGUGUGCAAGGAGUGGUACCAUGGCGGGUGUGUGGAUCUGAAGGAAUAUAUAAUUAUAGAUGUUGACAAAUAUCAUUGUCCACGGUGUGAACCCACAUGUGGUCCUUCACUUAUGAAAGUAAGGACAAACUGGCAUAGACAUGAUUAUUCUGAAUGUGAUGCGGAUACAAAACCAGUUCAAACUGGAACCCCAGUAUUUAUACGAGAGCUCAAGUCUAGACACUUUCCCAAAGCUGAUGAGAUUGUGAAACAUGUGAAAGGAUACCAAUUAACUUUUCAGUAUUUACAAAUAAAUGGUUUUGAAACUCCUAUCAUUAUUGAUGGAAAAGAUGGACUUGAUAUGACUGUACCACCUCCAAGUUUUAAUGUCAAUGAUGUCGAAACCUAUAUAGGUGGUGAUCGGGAUAUGGAUGUGAUUGAUGUUACUAGACAAAGUAACAUACGUAUGAAAUUAAAAGAUUUUGUAGAAUAUUACAACUCUCCUUCUCGAACAAGAGUAUUUAAUGUCAUAAGUCUUGAAUUUACUAAUACUGGUCUUUCAUCAUUGGUUGAAGCGCCGUACAUCGCCCGUAAACUUGACUGGGUUAAUUCGGUGUGGCCACGUGAUUGGCCCGAAGACAGUGAUAUAAAACGACCAGAAGUACAAAAGUAUUGCCUAAUGGGAGUUAAAGACAGUUUCACAGAUUUUCAUAUUGAUUUUGGUGGCACGUCUGUAUGGUACCAUGUAUUACGUGGCGAGAAAGUGUUUUAUCUCAUCAAGCCGACACCGGCGAAUUUACAAUUGUACCAACAUUGGAUGUGCAGUUCAACACAAAGCGAAACUUUCUUUGGGGAUCAGGCUGAUGCUUGUUACAAGUGUGUGAUUAAACAGGGCCAAACGAUGAUGAUUCCCACAGGCUGGAUACAUGCGGUGCUCACGCCAAUGGACUCCCUGGUUUUCGGUGGAAAUUUUGUGCAUAGUCUCAACAUUCAAAUGCAAAUACAAAUAUAUGAAUUAGAGAGAAAAAUGAAGACUCCAGCGAAAUUUCAAUAUCCUGGGUUUGAGACAAUUAAUUGGUUUGCGGCUAAAAAAUUACUGAAGGAAUUAAAAGAAUUGAAUAACGAGGGGAAGAAGUGUCCGCCGUAUUUUUUACAAGGCGUAAAGGCAUUGCUUGGAAUUCUUAAACAAUGGAACACGGAUAAGGAUUAUAACAUGAUUAGCCGCGGCCAAAUACCAGUCACGAUAAAUAGUCAGAAGUUAUUGAAAGAUCUCAGCAAAGAGAUACGACAUGCGGAACGAUACUUAAUAUCCUUAAAUCCACCGAAACCGGAACGUGAAAGUAAACGAAAGAAAAAGAAACCGUUGAACAAAGAUUUCGUAGACUUUGAUUAUGCUGAUAGGAUAGCCGAUAAUGCUUUUAAAACGAAUAAAGCGACGAUAAAGGAAACAAAUAAAGCGACGUUAAAAGAAACGAACAAAGUGACGCUAAAGGAAACAAAUAAAAUGGAACCUGCUUCGAUUGAACCGUCAUUAUCAAGACCACCAUUAAAGCUUACAUUACCGAAACCAAUUAUGUGUCCCGUAAUUAAAACGCCCGCGACCGAGAAAUCCGUCAACAGUAAUAAUAAUAAACGACAAUUAACCAAACCAGGAAAACAGAGCCCUACUGUGAUUAGGUUUAAACUCGGCAACAACGAGGUUGUCAGAAGUACAAACGACAAUAUAAAUGUAUACGAUAGCGGUAUUGCAACCAGUCACUCUUUUGAAACAAAGGAAGCGCUGUCAUGGAAUCAAAUAUCGUCUGUGUAUGAUUUUCAUGACGGCAGCAACGAGAGUGAUUACGGUCUCGUAAUAGACGAAUCGCAGAAACGGAAACGGGCACCGAGGUCGAAACGACUUAAACGCGAUUAUGACGGCAAUGUUGAUGUGCUAAAUAACGCGCCGAAGAAUGGUAUAGAAGAAUUGUUGAAAGCAUCAGCAUAUACCCUUGGAAACGGCACUCAAAGGCUUGACAUCACGCCAUCGACUACAAUCUCAGUACAGUACAGUCAACCUAUGCCGCCGCCCACUGGUUCCGACAGGGCAUCACCAUCCACGCGGGAGGCAAUUGCCGGGAUGUUGUCGUUCAGCCAGCAAAGUUAUUCAACAACAAGUAGUCCUACGAAAACGUCAAAAAGGUCUAUUAGGAAUCAGCACAUUGAUGAUGAAGACGAUGAUCAGUUGAUAGAAAAUAUCGAUAAAGUUCACCAAGACGAUGAUUUUAUUUAUCCAGCUUUAGAUGCUUCCGACGAUGAGGAUUAUAUCUUUAAACCUAAAGCAAAAAGUCAAAUUGAUGAAGCAUGGAAUCCAAAAGCUAGAGUAGGUCCUCUUUUACCAAAGAUGAAUCGACCAGCGCGAGAAGGUGUGAAGAAAACGUCCGUAGAAAAAGUUCUGGAAGCAGCUGCGGCGAAGCGAGCGAAACAAUCGGAUGAAUACCUGGAUAACGACAUGGACAAGGUUACCAAGAAGAAAUUGGGUUCCAAUAAACGAACAUACAAUAAAAAGAAGCAAAAGGAUGCUGUAGUUAGUGCAGGAACCACAUCAUCCACCGCAGCUUCUGAAAAUAUUAUAAAAUCGUCUACCUUUGGAUCAAUACUGACAAGUCCUAACAGACUUAAGGAUGUUAAAGCCAAACUCGCAGCACCCGUUCCUGUUGAACGGAAACCUAAGAAGGGUAUGAAAACAGCAAAGCAGCGAUUGGGGAAGAUUCUGAAACUUCAUAAAAUGAUGCACUAAUAAAAUUAGUGGAAAAAAAAGAAAUAUAUCAUGCCAUUUUUCAUUUGUAUAAAAUCAUAUAAUUGUAUAUUACCAUGUAAAUAUAACAAAUUUCCCAUCGAGCUGAUGUACACCUUACAGAAGCAAAUUGUAAAGAUCAGCACGUUUUCUAAGAGAUACUUAUAUUUAUUACCA